AUGCGGUCUAGUAUCGCUUGCGCUCGAUGCCGGCGCAGUAAGAUCAAGUGCGUCAAUGCCGGAAUCGACACCACAUGUCGCGCAUGCGAAUCAUCUGGGCGCGAAUGUGUUUACCCAACCCCAGCAAUCGGAGUGAGCGGCGCAAAACGAGACCUGGCGGCCCUGGCAGAUGGAGAGGAUCGGAAUGGUGAUUGGGAUGGCCCAAAACGACAUCGUUCGCGCAAGGUGGUGGGAGUCUCAGGAUCUUCAGCUAGCUCCAAGGUCGGUAUGGAUGCGCUUGAUUCAUCAAUACUUACCACAAAGGUGUGGGAGGCCGUCUUCGAUCUGUUCCAGUCACAUUUCGCGACCCUUCUACCAUUCCUACAUCCUGCGACCUUCCUCGCCCAAAUCCGACAGCUUUCCAGCCCUGCUCCACCCGCGACUCUUGAUGGGCAAGAUCCUCGGAAUUCAAUACCUAAAGACCCUUCUUCCUCGCUGAUUCCUCUGGGUGUUCUCGCCCUGACCGCUCGCUUUCACCCCCCUCUAGCUGCGGCUCACUCGCCAGCCUCGCCCGGUCAUUCUUCAAACCCUCUUGCUGCAUCUGAAUACUAUGCGGCUGCUCUCCGUAGCCGGCUGGCCGGCUUGGAUGGUAUUAGCCUCGCUCAGCCCGAUCUUGCGCGCGUGCAAGCGCUCUUGAUGCUCGCUUUGCACGAGUGGGGAAUGUGCCGUGGCAAGAGCGCCUGGGUCUACGUGGGUAUGGCUAUUAGAUUAGCACAGGCUAUGGGAUUACCCUUCGAGCUUGAGAAUGAGUUCCCAGCCCGUGAUCCUUCUCGCUUGUCCCCGGGGUUGAAGACCGAGGCCGAUCACUUUGGUUUGCCGAAGCGGCUAGAAGCCAGGGAGUCGACAUCUGAUGAUAUCAUCGCGCAAGAGACCAAGCGCCGGACGUUCUGGGCUUGUUUCAUUCUUGAUAGAUGCCUCAGUAGUGGAAAAUAUCGACCCCGAAUGGUCCGAGUCAAGGAUCUCGGAAUUCAGCUUCCGAGCGACAACGCUUUUGCGUUCGGCGAGCGGGUACGCACGGCCCGACUCACUGAGCCAGCCAUCCGUCGGCCUCAGAGCUUCGGGUCCCAAAGCAUGCAGAUUCCUAGCAUUCGUCAAAGCAUUGGAGGUUUUGGUGACGAGAAGCUACCCCCACCCAACGGUACUCCCGAUGGCAAUUCCUGGUCGCCCAUUUCACGGCGCAAAGAUUCAAGUGAGGAGGAGGUUGAUCGAUGGGAAGUUGGAGCGGAGGAGUCUGUACUCAGCCGAGUUAUUCGAAUCACCCGCAUCUGGGGAAGCAUCGCCAAGUGGUCUUGCGCUGGUGGCCGCCGGACUGAGCAAUAUCCUCCAUGGCACCCGGAAUCUCGCUUCUCCUCGCUUCGUAUGCAGCUGAACGAGUUCCAAGAAAGCCUUUCUCGCAAUCUGCAAUAUUCAUUGCGAAAUACUGACACGCAUAUCAUGUACAAGACCAUAUUGGUUUCAUAUACUGUGAUGCAUGUUGUCUACUUCCUCUCCGUCAUUGUUCUUCACCGUGCCUAUAUACCCUUCCUACCUCUUCGCUGCAAUGAGCCUGUCGGUCCCUUGGAUGAGCCAUUAUUCCCGAAUGACAAAACUAGCGGCCCACCAGACGGUUUCUGGCGCGAUAGUGCCCGUGAGCUCUUCAAGGCUGCGCGACAGAUGAUCGACCUUGUAGCUACUUGCCAAUCCCGCGGUGCUCUGGUUGAAAACCCCUUGGUCGGUUUUGCUAUCUACAAUGCCGCUUUCAUUGGAGUCUAUGGAAAUCAUUUCUCGCAUAUGGAUCCUGACGGGUUGAUGGGUGCCAAGCCCCCUCCUGCUAGUCACGAUAGCCACCAGCUUGGUGUUGCACAAACACGCAAGGCUUUGGAUAUUAUGCGGGAAAUGCGCCCUCGCUUGAGGAUGGCCGUCGGUUGGUUCCGUACUCUGAACCGCCUUCACAGUUACUUCGCCAAAGUCAAGCGCGACUUCCGCCGGCUUUCUCGAAAUCGAUUGGACAGCAUGUCAGAUGCGUCCGACCACCCUCCGAAUGGAAUUCGCCCUCUUCGCGAAGGUGGAGCUGGCGGUGGCCUCGAAGAAUUCAAGUUGCUUGAGAAGCUUUUCCUUGACUUCGGAAGCAUCGAGGAUCAGUUGCCGGAAUCGGGAAUGGACGACGAGAGCAUCGCAGUGCCCGCAGCAGGCGAGUCGAUUUACGAGCGCACGAAUCUCAGCGACGCUGGCAGCAAUGCUGUCCGCAGUGAGACUGGUGACCCUGGUGAUCAGAUGCUCGAUGGUGCUGGUGGCCGUCGCGAGUCAUGGGUGCCGGUCAACAGCCCCGGUCUGCCACUGCCCGGACGUGACGGCGAUCGUCGACCCAGCCUGCCACUCCCCAACAGUCGCCCGAUGCCCUCUGGGUCUCCUUACUCCCUUCCAUCUUUACAACAACACCAUCCAGACGGUCCCAUAUACACCACCACAUCUCCCGGCCUCCUCUCUCUCUCCGCGACCACUCAAUCACCCUCUCAGUAUUUGACGGCAACAAGCAACCGCCUCAAUCCUAUCAACUCCUGGCUUCCCGCCCGCACACAAGCUCCUCCCCCUCCAUACUCGCAAUCCCUUCCUCCCAUCAACGCAGCCACCUCACACAACAUCCCUGUCCUCCCUCCACCAGGGUCUGUCACUCAGCUUGCCCCCUCUCCGCCUCUGACCUCCACCGAAGGCCCAGACUCAAGCAUGCUUUCAACUAGCCUCGGUGGGGACGAUGUCCUCGCCUUCCUCGAUGGGUGCGAAUGGGGUCAACUUUCCAUGCUCGCACCCUCUGAGAUCGGCAUUCCUGCUGGCUGGCUGAGCGCAGUUUGGAGCCAAUUCGGCCGCUAG